GAGAGAGCGCCGCCUAAUCUUGCCCUCGUCCCAACCGCCAUUGCACAGAAGUUCGAACUUUGUGCAUUCUGGAUUUCUCAAAAACUUGCGUCCUUUCAAAUUCUCCCUCAUUUCAAACGACCAAUUUCGGAAGCGCUCUUCUUUCAAGGCGCUUUCUUGUCCCUGCCUCUGCUCCCUCACCCUCCCUUUGCCUCGCCGCAACCACCCCACCCGCAACCAUGAGGGAAAUUCUGCACAUCCAGGGCGGUCAGUGCGGCAACCAGAUUGGUGCCAAGUUCUGGGAGGUCGUGUGCGAUGAGCACGGCAUCGACCCCACUGGAACAUACCAUGGUGACUCAGAUCUCCAGUUGGAGCGCAUCAAUGUGUACUACAACGAGGCCAGCGGUGGACGCUAUGUCCCCCGUGCUGUGCUCAUGGAUCUGGAGCCUGGCACCAUGGACAGUGUCAGGGCUGGUCCUUAUGGCCAGAUCUUCAGGCCCGACAACUUUGUCUUUGGUCAGACUGGAGCAGGAAACAACUGGGCCAAGGGUCACUACACAGAAGGCGCUGAACUCAUUGACUCAGUGUUGGAUGUUGUGAGGAAGGAGGCUGAGAGCACGGACUGCCUGCAGGGUUUCCAGGUCUGCCACUCUUUGGGUGGAGGCACAGGGUCAGGCAUGGGAACACUUCUCAUCUCCAAGAUUCGUGAAGAGUACCCCGACAGGAUGAUGCUCACCUUCUCAGUCUUCCCCUCCCCUAAAGUGUCUGACACUGUGGUCGAGCCCUACAACGCCACCCUCUCUGUCCACCAACUUGUGGAGAACGCUGACGAGUGCAUGGUCCUGGAUAACGAGGCCCUGUACGAUAUCUGCUUCCGGACCCUGAAGCUCACCACCCCCACAUUCGGUGACCUGAACCACCUGAUCUCUGCCACCAUGAGCGGCAUCACCUGCUGCCUGCGCUUCCCUGGUCAGCUCAACUCCGACCUGCGCAAGCUGGCCGUCAACCUGAUCCCCUUCCCCCGCCUCCACUUCUUCAUGGUCGGCUUCGCCCCCCUCACUUCCCGCGGCUCCCAGCAGUACCGCGCCCUCACCGUCCCCGAGCUGACCCAGCAGAUGUGGGACGCCAAGAACAUGAUGUGCGCCGCUGACCCCAGGCACGGGAGGUACCUCACCGCCUCCGCAAUGUUCCGUGGCCGCAUGAGCACCAAGGAGGUGGACGAGCAGAUGCUGAACGUGCAGAACAAGAACUCGUCCUACUUCGUGGAGUGGAUCCCCAACAACGUCAAGAGCAGCGUGUGCGACAUCCCCCCCAAGGGCCUCAAGAUGUCGUCUACCUUCAUCGGCAACUCGACCUCCAUCCAGGAGAUGUUCAAGCGCGUCAGCGAGCAGUUCACGGCCAUGUUCAGGAGAAAGGCGUUCCUCCAUUGGUACACGGGCGAGGGCAUGGACGAGAUGGAGUUCACUGAGGCCGAGAGCAACAUGAACGAUCUGGUCUCUGAGUACCAGCAGUACCAGGAUGCUAGCGCAGAGGAGGAGGGAGAGUUCGAGGAGGAGGAGGGUGCUGAGCAAGAGGCAUCUUAAGUGUAGCAUUGAAUCUGACCGUUAGCGACAGCCUUGGUUGUUGCAAGACAGACUAAUUCUUUGUGUACUGCUUGCUUCAAAUCUUGUACAGAGGGACUGGUUACCAUAUAAAUGAUCUGCCUGCAUUCCAUUACAUCAUUGGAAACCCAAAGACCUUGGCGCAUGAAUCUGCCGCUCACUUCAUUUGAAUUGCAUUUCUGCUUUAGUUGAG